AUGCAGGGCUACGAUGACCUUGCAGCUCUGCUGGCCAGGAAUCUGACGCUCAAUCCCAUCCCUGUGGCUGUGCCUGCGCCUGUGGAGGAACAGACGCCUUUGCCGCCCAAGAUCUCCUAUUCCAUCUCGCAACACUAUACCCAUUCUGCUCACAUGCUGCAGCGACAAUACCAGCAACAGGAAGAGCUCGUCGACCCGGAGCAGCAGGCUGCCGAGGCCCUUCUUAGACAGCACGGCAUCGACCCGUCGCGCCUGACUGCCGUGCAGCUAGCGCUGUUUCGCAUGUCCACGCCAGACCGUCGUGACUACAUCAUGCAGCUGUGGCGGAUCUGCCCUCCGACGACGGACGGCAUGGCGGACAACGAGGUGAUGAGCCUGGACGGUACGGCCGUUCCCGUAGCGUCACAGCAACACUUCACCACGCAGCAGGACGGCAGCGGCCGCUGGGUCCAGUCGACUUCGCACAGCUAUACGGAGCCCUAUAUGAUGUCUGGCUACGAGGAGCUCGCGCGCCGGGAGUACCAAACCUCGGCUUCGGACGAUUCGUGCAUCCCGCGCUCCGCAGGUGUGGCCCUCCGCACCGACCCGGUCUACAACAACCGGCUGGACAUGUCCGGUCGGGCGUCGUGGCCUCCCCAGAGCCACCUGGCCUGCACGGAUAUGGAGAACCAGUAUGGCAAGCUCAUGGCCAUGCGAGACAGCGGUGCGAUGGAGAUGUGA